AUGAAAGAAGAAAUGUCGCAAGAAACGAUGUACAGCGAAUGGUAUGCAAAGCUUCCGCUCCAAAUGAUAGACGUGAGCGAGUCAUUUGUCGGAAUUGGAAAGAUAGUGAUAAACGGGCACUCAUUAUACAGAUACAUCGAAGACAUAUACAAGAUUAGAAGCGAGUCUCUUCCCCUCAAGCUGAUAGACAGCGUGGCAGACAUGAUAGGGUAUGCGCUUCGGGUGUCGGGCUUCAAGGACUCCUACAUAGUUUUGUUCCGGGAGGAGGAGGAAACGCCGGAGCGCAGGGUGUGCACAAGAGAGGUUGCUGCGGUGCUGGAAAAAACCAGCUCUCUCAAGGUCAUGUGGUUCCACUCUUUGGAGGACAAAGAGUUUAAGCGCUUCAUAAAAGAAGAGCACAUAUGCCUGGGGGUGGGAUACCAGGAUCACAGGUCGCAGGUGUUCCUGAACACGAUUCUGGGGUUCUCUCUGUAUGCGGCUGUUCUGGAAAAGGGCACGUUUAGAGCCCCGAGAAUAUUCAUGUUUGUUAUAAGCCCUGUGAUGUACCUCUAUGGAGAGAAGUACGCCACCAGGGAGUACACGCCCAAGCACGUCGAGCUGGAAGAGGCGCAGCGUGCGGUGGAAAGCGUGGGGCAGAUUGUGAAGUCGCAUCUUGGGGAAGAGAGGUUUUCUGCACACCAGGCUGUGCUUUCGCAGGAGAGCCCGAUUUCUUUGUAUUCAAGAGAGAGUGCGCCUGUUGACAGAGGCCUGCUUGAGGAGAUAGGGAAGGCAAUCCAAAGCGCCGAGGUUUGCAGCUUGAGCAGCAUAAUUGACGGGCGUCUUUUCAGCCCGCAGCAGGCGCCAGAGAAGGGGAGCGCGCAAGGCAAGCCCGCAGAAAAGCUGCAGAGCAGAGCAAAGAAGACGGCGUUUAUCCCAACAGCGCUUUCCUCAGUAAAGUUCUACAACGAGGAGCAGGAGAGAAGCUUUCGCACGGAGCAGAUGUACAUUGAGAGUCUGAAAAAAAAUGCGCAGUCGCUCCACGAGGGAAAGCAUCUGCACAACCCAAUUGCGCUGGUGUCAGAAAAGGAGAAAAAGAAGAAGGAGGAAAAAACAAAGAUGGGGAAGAAGCAGCUGGAGAUAAUCGAGCAGAACCGAAAGCUGCGAGAGGCCGAGGCCAAGAAAAAGGACGUUGCGUUUUUGAGAAGCUUUUUGGCAAAGUAUGAGUCCUUCUCCGCGACGUACGAGAAGCGGAGGCACCUGGAGACGUUCCUGGCGCGGAUGCACUCGUCUUUCAUUUGCCGGAAGGUUCUUCUGCUGCGCAUUGAGUUCUACAGCGAGCUGUGGGGGCUGGAGAAGAGAAAAAAGCGGCCAAACGAGAAAGACCUUGUGUCUUUGUACAUGGACUGCAUGUCGUUUAUUGAAAAGUACAACCUGGAGGCCUCGGCGGAGGAGCUGCAGUAUGUGAUGCAGGCGCUUCUGGACCAGGGGUUCGGGUCAACUGUGCUGGAGAUGUGCGAGAAGCACGAAAUCAGCUAUGCGAACAAGCGGGACAGCGCAUGCACGCGGCUGUUUGGCAAAAGGGCCGCAGUGAGCAUAAGCUACGACCCUGCGACAACAAAGGACCCAAACGACUAUGAUAUUUCGUUCCUGAUGCGCGCGGCGGGAGACAAGCUGAAAAGGUCGCUGAACGCGUCGCCGGACGACAGGCUGCUCUUUGUGCCGGACGGGUGGCAGAAGGAACUUUUGGACAUUGUGGACGACCAGCAAAGCGCGGUGAUAUGCGCGCCGACGUCGUCGGGAAAGACGUUCAUAUGCUACUACGCCAUGGAGACUGUUCUGCGCGCAAGCAACGAAAAUGUGGUCAUCUUUGUGGCGCCAACAAAGGCGCUGGUCAACCAGGUCGCAGCAGACGUGUAUGCAAGGUUUGGGUCCAAGCCAUACAUCAAGCAGAACAGCAUUCUGCAGGGCAUCUGCAUGAGCGACUUCCAAAUAUCGCCGUUCAACUGCCAGAUCCUGAUCACCGUGCCGGACGUGCUUGAGAAAAUUCUCUGCAUGCCGCCAAGCAACCCGACGAAGAAGGGGCAGGCAUAUCUCAGCCGGCUGAGGUACAUUGUCAUUGACGAGGUGCACAAAAUAUCAGACAACAGGAUGGGGACGAGCAUGGAGAAAAUCAUCCACUUUAGCCCAUGCCCGCUGCUUCUGCUCAGCGCCACGCUGGGAAAUCUGAAAGAGUUCUACGGGUGGGUGAAUAGCGUGGUGACAAAGAAAAAGAACCAAAAGUGCUACUUGGUUGUGCACAGGGAGCGAUACUGCGAGAUCAAAAACUAUGUGUUUGUGCCCAAGCGCAUCAAAGUGCUGGAGACGUGCCACAAGUCGACCCGAGAGGCGGGGGAGCAGUCGAUUGCAGCCAUCCACUCGCUCUUUGCGUACUCGUUCAGAGGCAUAAAGGACGAAGGGUUCAGCGACGACGUGAACUUCCUGCCAGAGGAGCUUCUCAACCUGUACUUUGCCAUCUUUGCAGUGCUGCGGAAGGACCAGAGGAGCCUGAUCAAGGAGUACCGGCCCAAGCGGUUUUUCAAAACCAACUGCAUAACGAAGAGCGAUGUGAAGAACUACGAAAUGUAUGUCAUCAAGACGUUUAGAGAAAUGAUCAAGACGGGCGCGCUGGAGGCCGAGCAGGUCACGAAAAUAUACGAAGUGCUGAUCAGAGAGGCCAAGGAGGGCUUCCAAAAGAUCAGCAAAGACCUGAAGGAGUGGCUGCAGCUGCACACCGAGAAACAGCCCGCUCCCGGCCGGCUGCUGAUGCCAGAGGGAGGCCAUGCGGAUGCGCUUUCCCGGACAAGAGGCGCGCAGGCAGAAGCGCCGAUAGCAGAGAGGGUGCAGAGCAUGUCUGUGCAGGACGAGCAGAGGCCCGAGAUAUCGUCAGACAUCCUUCUGUACAACACGCAGUACCUGCUGGACAACAUUCUCGACCUUGUGGUGGAGCUGGAGGCUGCAGACAAGCUUCCGUGCAUUGUGUUCAACCUGGAAAGGACGGUGUGCAACGCCUUGGCCAUCCGGCUCACAGAGGAGCUUGACAAGUUUGAGAAGUGUGCGCCGCCUGCGCUGUCAAGGGCGGAUCUUCGAGAGAACGAAAAGGUCCUCAAGGAGAUGCGCAGAACGAGGGACGCGGCUGUGGGCACCGGCAAGGACGCGUGGAUAAGCGAGUCCAUUGCUGCAGAGGAAAUUUCAGGAAGAAAGAUAGACCCGAACCUGAAAGACCCCCGGUUCUGCUUCACAGACCCAACGAUAGCCUCGUCGGGGGCGUAUCUGCUGGACGAGUAUGCAAAGUCUCUGAGGAAAACAGGCAGGCUGGACCCGAAGCUCAUCCACGCGCUGUACCGAGGUAUAGGGGUGCACCACAGCGGAAUCCCCAAGAAGUACAGGAACAUGGUGGAGAUUCUUUUCCGAAUGAAGCAGCUGCGCGUGGUCUUUGCAACAGACACGCUUGCGCUGGGUAUCAACAUGCCGUGCAGAACCGCUGUCUUUGCAGGGGACUCCCUUUAUCUGGACUCGAUGAGCUUCAAGCAGAUGGCAGGAAGGGCAGGGCGAAGAGGAUACGACACACAGGGCAACGUUGUCUUUUUCGGAAUACCCAAGCAGAAGGUAAGAAGCCUUAUCACGUCGUAUCUGCCCAGAAUCAAGGGGGCGUACACGCACACAAACCUGUCUGCGGUGCAGGCUGCCCGGCCCACGGUGUGCAAGGAGGCCAUCGAUAGCAUGGUGAACAACCCGCUGAUGUCUCUUUCUUGGCCGUCCGUGGCCUUUGGAGAGGCUGCAGACACGGGCAUCCAGGAGUUCACGGAGCGGAUACUCGCAGUGCAGAAAAAACACCUUGUGGAAAAGAUGCUGCUGGCGCCCGAGGUCCUCGCAGACGCAGAAAAGGGGGUGCUUCAAAAGAAGAUUGAGCACACGUCCAGCCUCUGCGACAUGGGGCUGAACACCCUUUCCUACGGGUCGGAGUCGUUUGUCUUUAUGUCCUUGGUGAACGAAGGGUUCCUCGACAAAAUAUGCGAGGAAAACGCGGACAAGGAAGAGGUGUUUAGGAAGAUUGUUCUUUUGGUUGCCUCCAUCUUCGAGGUGAUUCCGCUCACCAGCCUUUCAACGCUCCCAGAGCUGCCAAGCCUGAGCCCCGAAAUACUUGCCAGGCUUGACGCGUACCAUCAAGAGUCUAUUCUCAUAAGCAGGCAGUUCCUGCGCAAGGAGGAGGCGGUGUGGCACGCCAUGCUUCCAGAGGACUCCUUCAUCAACCCCAUAGCGCAGUCGCUCUUUGUGCUGCCGUACUUGCACACAAAAAAGAACAGCUACAUUCUGAAAUACUUUAUCGACCAGAACGUGCGGCAAAUAUCAAAGGAAAACGGGAUCGGAGAGACCGAGCUUUGGCGCAGGCUGAAAAACGUAGAAGACGUUCUGGUGCAGCUGGACUCGUACUACAAGACAUACAGACCCACGUCGGCCUCUCUCCUGCACGUGUGCGGCACUCUGGCCGCAUUCCGAGAAAGAUUCGCCAAGAUGCACGCAUAG